AUGGCCAACUAUUGUGUGCCCAACAGAUUCACUAAAUUCAUAAAGGAACGGAUGGCAGAUAGAGUCAAAUUUCAAGAUAAUUCAAUGGUACGUGCUUUUGCUGACAACCUUGCCCUAGCUCAACAAAAGGGAAAAAUGAAAAAAAUUGUCGCAACAAUGCAGCAAGAAAUUGAUGUUGUGGUCGAAUGGAGUAAAAAAAACAAAACAAAAAGCAGUACAAUACGAUCCGAUACAAUUUUAUUCGACCCCAAAACAAGUUUCGUGACCAAAGACGACUGGGGAGUCUACGAAAUACUCAUCAGGGUAUCAUCAGAGCCACCUAACAUAAAAAGACAAAUUUUAAAAUCAUUCACUGAACAGUUUCAUAAAUGA